AUGCUUAACCAGGUCAGCGCUUUAGGUAGCAAAUCAAAGCUGCAAGGUCGUGGGCUAAGAGAUGCUGGUGUCGCCCCGCUUGAAGGAGUUGUGCGCCGCGGGCGAACAUACAACCUCAAUGAGAUUCAAGGCUUAGCUACACCUUCAGCUUAUGUAUAUCGUCAGCUCGGAAGCAAGUAUAUCCGAAUCCCUGAUCUUGAUAACAAAACCCUUGUGAUUGUUCAACCCAAUCGCCGCAAAUGCGGGCCAAAGCGAGGAAUCAGUGGUCCGCUACAGUCAAUGAUUCGAACCCUUGCAUUUAAACAACAUAUUGAUCAGGAUGACUCAGGUGGUAGAUAUGGCGACAACGCCGAUCUCAACGUCGCAGAGCUAAAAGCCAUCAUGAAAAAUCUUACCAUGCAUGACCGCCCUCAAAAGUCCGAGGCAGCUGUUUGGGCAACGGAUCUUGACAAGACGCUCAAGAAAAUGGAUGCGUCAACCCAGACGGAGGGAGGGAAAGUAUGGGCAUACUCAAAUAAAAAAUAA